ACGCUACGCCGGCGGUGAGCGCACUAUGCAGUGCGGUAGUGCGGUCUGAUAGCUCUAGUGCGAAGGAGGAUCUAGAUCUAGGUCCAUUCACGGUUAUUUUUCGGCUCUUCUAUGGACGCACAACUUCUCGUUUCAUCUACGGAAGUAAACACAGACUGACUCAGAAGGAAUUCGCCAAGCGGAGUUAAAAUCUUUCUUCAUUAAACCUGCUUUUUCAUCGGAGCAAACAUGUAUCGCGUGCGGGCGUUGACAGCAGUCACGUUUGGGAUGGUGCAGUGUUUUCGGCGCGUACACAGAGCCAGCACGCGCCCGCCUCAGCAUCGCAGAUUGCUUCUGGCUGCUCUGGCAGGAGUGACGGGCAUCUCUGCAACUACAGGACUCCUCUGGAACAAGGCUUAUGCCGAGGCAGCCUCGUCUGUCAAGCUCGAGGAGGAGCUGCAUGAGGAGGAAGCAGCGAAAGAUGCGAACGCAGAUUCGGACAGCGUGGUGGAGUCCGGCAGCAGUGAUGAGGACGACGAGAGCUCAGAGGGCAAGAAGAAGAAACAGAGAGUCGGCUUCCGUGACCGUAAGGUGAUGGAGUACGAGAACCGUAUCCGAGCCUACUCCACCCCUGACAAGAUCUUCCGCUACUUUGCCACACUGAAGAUCAUCAGCGAGCACGGGGACGCCGAGGUGUACAUGACGCCACAGGACUUCAUCCGCUCCAUCACGCCUAAUGAGAAGCAGCCAGAGAACCUAGGUCUGGAUCAGUUUGUGGUGAAACGCUAUGAUGGAAAGGACUUCUGGCAGACAGAGAAGAUUGCUCAGGAGCGAGAGAAGUUUGCGGACGAGGACAGCAUCUUCUAUACGCUCGGGGAGUGCGGCCUCAUCUCCUUCUCCGACUACAUAUUCCUCACCACCGUCCUCUCUACACCUCAGAGAAAUUUUGAGAUCGCCUUCAAGAUGUUUGAUCUUAAUGGGGAUGGUGAGGUGGACCUGGAGGAGUUCGAGCAGGUGCAGAGUAUAAUCCGCUCUCAGACCAGCAUGGGCAUGAGGCACAGGGAUCGCUCCACUACGGGAAACACUCUAAGGACGGCCGGCUGCAGCUCGGCUCUCACCACCUACUUCUUCGGAGCGGACCUCAAGGGCAAACUGACCAUCGGCGCGUUCCUGGAAUUCCAGAGGAAACUCCAGCAUGAUGUUCUCAAGCUUGAGUUUGAAAGGAAUGACCCAAUGGACGGCAGAAUCACAGAGAGGCAGUUUGGUGGAAUGCUUCUGGCCUACAGUGGUGUACAGUCACGUAAACUUAAACAGAUGCAAAAAGGACUGAAGAAGAUGUUCAAAGAUGCACAGGGGAUCACGUUUGAAGAAGUGGAGAAUUUUUUCACAUUUCUGAAGAACGUGAACGACGUGGACACGGCGCUGAGUUUCUACCACAUGGCUGGUGCCUCUAUAGACAAAGCCACUAUGAAGCAAGUGGCUCGCACUGUAGCGAAGGUGGAGCUGUCGGAUCACGUGUGCGACGUGGUGUUCGCCUUGUUCGAUUGUGACGGUAACGGCGAGCUGAGCAACAAGGAGUUCAUAUCCAUCAUGAAGCAGAGGCUGAUGCGAGGGCUUGAAAAGCCCAAGGACAUGGGCUUUACUCGCCUGGUGCGUGCUAUGUGGAAGUGUGCGCAGGACACAGCAUGGGACUUCGCCAUGCCUAAACAACAGUAGUAGGAAAGAGAGAGAGAAAGCAGUGAGAGAGGGUUUAAAAAAAAACAAUAAAAAAACGAGUGUGAGCGAGAGAGACAAAGAGCAGCUUUGUGUGCAGCCAACUAAAUUAAGUAAUGAACUGAAGUUGGCAUGUAAUAAAUCAUGCACAUGCUGCUGUAGUGGCCAAUGCUGCUACAUGAGGAGAGGUGUGUGUGUGAGGAGUGUGUGUGUGUGUGUGUGUGUGAGUGUGAAUGUGUGUGUGAGUGAAUGAAUGUGCGGGUGAGUGAGAGAGAGAGAGAGAAGGACUCCAGCUUCUCCACUUUAGUCCCUUCCCAGCUCACACUUCUUAUAGUCUGCCACAUAUGUGCAAAUAUCACAGGCAAGAAUUUUAAGAUGUUUAUCCAUACUGAGAAAAGAGCCUUUAAUACACGUAUAAGGAUGGUUGUGCAUGCAAAAUGUAUCUGUGACCAUUUUCAUUUUAGAAUGACUUGCGAUCCUGAGCUCAUGUCUGUGCAGCGUUCAUGUGGGUUUCCUCCGACCUCCUAAAAACAUGCAGAUAGAUGCGUCGGAGAUUAUAAAUGUGGGUUAAUGGUGCCCUGUGAUGCACUGCUGUCCCACCCAGAGUGUAUUUCUAGUUCACGGAUGCUAAUGGAAUGGCCAAUGGGUCCCGCCGCAACGCCUUACCAGGAUAAAAAGGGUCACUGAAGAUGAAUAAAUGCAUUAUAAUGGUACUUGUCAAUGGUAAAUAAUUCUAACGUAGACCCUAAAUUGAUGAUAAAAUUCCUUUUCAGAAGCAUGAAUUAUGAUUAUCCACGUGGGUCUGUUUAUGUACACAUACAAGACAAGACACUACGCAAGCCAUGUAUGUUUAAAACACACAUCAUAUCAGCCAGAUCAAGGUUAAACUUUGUGUAAACAGAUUUCAGUUCUUUUCCUAGUACAGAAAAAAAAACGUGUACGUUCCACUGCCUGCGGCACUCAGAUGUGUGAUAUAACCUAGUGAGAAUGCUGGAGUUCUUCUAAGGGCUGAGGGGAUUGUCGGAUGUUCUGCAAGCGUUGUUGACAAGCACUGAAACGCUGCAAAGCUCUUCAAAAGGUCUUUGAUUUAGAGCUCUCAAAGCAAAUCUAUGUCUGUUUUAAAGGACGCAUACAGAAAAGCCAAAUCCUAGCACUCAGCAUUACAGUGUACUUUAUAACUUUUUUUUUAUACAUAAUAUAUAAUUAUAAAGUGGCUAUGGGUGUGAAAAAAAAGCUUAAUUGAGAACAUGAUGCUAUGUACAUGAAUAUCUAUUAUUGAAUGAGUGUGACUGAUGUUCAGAGUUACUAUAUUAAACCAUUUUUCAUGA